AGCUAAAUUAACCUUUUUAAUUCAAUUCUCAUUUUUUUCUGGAAUGUAUUUGAGUUCUAUCUAUGCAAUUCUUGAUCAAAUUCCUCUCAAAACAUAUCAAUAUAAAACAAAUCUCAGUCAUGUUUUACCUGGAAUAAUUUGCAUUAUAAAAUCAGGGUAUCAACUCCUUAUCAAACUAGAUCAGUUGUACUCCAGUCUAGUUAGGGACCAUUUCACAAAUAAUUGUAUCAAAUUUAAUCAUAGUAGUUUAAUAAUAACAGAAAAAGAUAUAUUUGGAGAGUCACAUUUUGUGGAUGAGGAUAGUAAAAUUAAUUUGAAAAAGUCUAUCAUACAUCAAAAAUACUAUGAAGCGAUUUGCAAUUCCUAAGUUGUAGAGUUGUAUUUGUUAAAUGUAUCCGAAUUAAUUCAUACCAUAAAUUCAUAAUAAUUGAGAGUAAAUUAUAAAUUCAUAUUUAGCUGUUCUUAUAAAAAAAGUUUAGAUAGAGAAUUAUAUAAUUACGAUAGAGUGUAGAAUAAAAUCAAUCCUUCUCGAAACCUUUGUAAUAAUAAUAAUAAAUUUAAUCCUAACAAAGACUGAGAACAAAAACUUAAACUUCAGAUUCAUAAUACGAAUAAUUAAAAUAAAAAGAGACAGCAGCCAUUGAUAAAGUAAAAGAAGUUGUAAAAAAUAUGAAUUUCUCUUAUUCGAGAACAAGAAAUUAUUUUGCUUCAAAAUUAGGGGCUGGAAACAUUAUGUUUCAUAAAGCUUUUAUGUAUGAGUAUACUCCUCAUUAUACUAAAAAGUAAAGAUAGUCAUCUUUGUCGACAGCAGUUAAAUAGAAAUUAAGCUAGAGGACAGAGAGGUGUAAAACCAUGUCUAAUAUAGAGAUGAGGACAACUAUGCUCCAAAAUUCCUUUUGCAGGUAUUAAUUUGAGCAAAAAGAGAAAUAAUCAAAACAAAAUAUAUUUGAUUGA